AUGGCCGACGCCCAGCCGAAUUCCGGCGGCCUGGCCGUCGACCCGCCCGGAAAGGUGAAGAAGAAGGCGGCCAAGGCACCAAGGAAGCCACGGUCGGAGUGCACGCCGGAGGAGAUCGCCAAGUUGGACGCGGAAGCGGUGAAGAAGAGGAGCCGGAGAGCGGUCGUCAAGGUCAAUGCCGCCGCGGCCAAGUUCGCCGCCGAGCGCGAUGCGAUGGAGGCCGCGCGGCGCAAGGCCGCGUACAUGGAGAACGUGAUCUUCGAGGCUGGGCAGGGACGUGCCUAUGACCCCGAGGAGACCCAAAGUCAGGAUGGCCGCGCCCAGUACGUCCCCGAUGAAGAGGCCGAUGACCAUGCUGACUACGACCAUGGUGACUCGUGGCAUGAAGACGAUGACAUCUAUGUCGAAGGUGAUGGUGAUGAAGAAGAAAGCAAUGACGUUGAUAUUAGUGGCGAGCCAUUGUUCAUUGACGAGCUCACCCAAAGAGCGGAAGCACAAAAGAAGAGGAAGAGCAUUCACACGGCAUUUCAAUCUUUGGAGGCAUUCAAGGCCCGGCACAAUGACAAGCUGUUCACUCUUACUCAUUGUUGGAUGAUCAUCAACAAUUGCCCUAAGUUCAAGGACCAAUACCGUGAACUUCAAAGGAAGAGAGGCUUGAAGACGGCCAAGUUCGCCGGAGGUGGAGAUGGCGAGGCGUUGAAGAGGCCGAGGGGCAAGACCAACUCCAAAGUUGACGACAUACAUGAUGCCUCAUCCAUGGCAUUGCAUGACACUUUGCAUGGCAUGAUGUCUCAAAAGGAUGUGAGGGACGAGAAGAAGCGGCAAAGCAAGGACGAGCAAAUGAAGCAAUACCUAGACUUUCAAAGAAAGAAGCUUGAGAUGGAGGAGGCGGCCAAGAGAAGGAAGAUCGACAUGGAGGAGGCGGCCCGGCAAAGGCAGCUCGACAUCGAGGCCGACAACGUCAAGGCCGGGCAAAGGCAGCUCGACAUCGAGGCCACCAAUGCCGCCACCAAAGCAAAGGAGGUGGCCCUUGCGAUCAUGAGCGUGGACUUGUCGAAGAUGAGCGAGAAGACGAGGGCCUGGUUCGAGGCCAGGCAGAAGGAGAUGCUCGACGCCGACGGCCUGAACUAG